GUGACAUUCUGGAGAAGUGACCAGGAGUGAAGGGAAAAUAUUAGAUCAUGUCGGAGUUCUGGCUAAUUUCUGCCCCGGGAGAUAAAACAAAUCUACAGGCAUGGGAGAGAAUGAACAUGGUGACAUCUAAAUCCAACCUGUCCAGCAACAGCAAAUUUCAUAUUCCAGACUUAAAGGUGGGGACACUGGAUGCUCUUGUUGGUCUGUCAGAUGAGUUGGGAAAACUUGAUAGCUUUGCUGAAAGCAUAAUAAAGAAAAUAGCCCAGUACAUAGGAGAAGUUAUGGAGGACUCAAAAGAUAAAGUCCAGGAAAACCUUCUGGCCAAUGGAGUUGACCUAAUUAGCUACUUGACACGGUUUGAGUGGGACAUGGCCAAAUAUCCCAUAAAGCAGCCACUGAAGAAUAUAUCAGAAGCAUUAGCAAAGCAAUUGACUCAAAUAGAAACAGAUCUAAAGACCCGAUCAACUGCAUACAACAACAUUAAAGGAAAUUUGCAAAACCUGGAGAAAAAGACUGUGGGAAAUCUGCUGACCCGGACCCUGGCAGACAUUGUGCAUAAAGAAGACUUUGUUCUGAAUUCUGAGUAUCUUAUCACACUGCUGGUCGUGGUGCCAAAGUCAAGCUACAUACAGUGGCAGAAGACCUAUGAAUCACUCUCAGAUAUGGUAGUGCCUCGCUCCACCAAAAUGAUUGCUGAGGAUGCAGAGGGAGGACUCUUCACUGUGACCCUAUUUAGGAAAGUGAUGGAUGACUUCAAGGCUAAAGCCAGGGAGAACAGGUUCAUGGUUCGAGAGUUUUAUUAUGAUGAGAAGGAACUGAAAUGUGAAAAGGAAGAGAUGAUGAAAUUAGCUUCUGAUAAGAAACAACAAUAUGGCCCAUUACUGCGGUGGCUGAAAGUGAACUUCAGUGAAGCAUUUGUAGCUUGGAUUCAUGUGAAAGCCUUGAGAGUUUUUGUUGAAUCUGUCCUGAGGUAUGGCCUCCCAGUGAAUUUCCAAGCAAUGCUGCUGCAGCCAAAUAGGAAGUCUGUAAAACGCCUGAGAGACGUCCUAAAUGUGGUCUUCAAACACCUGGAUGAAGUUGCAGCAGCAAGUAUUAUGGAUCCUGGCAUGGACAUCCCUGGCUUACAACUGAGUAAUCAAGAAUACUAUCCUUAUGUCUAUUUCAAGAUUGACCUCAGUCUUCUUGACUGCAGUUAA